GGGCGCAGCCAGUCUCCCGCCGCCGCUGCCGCCUCCGGACGCAGAGCGGGUCUCCGGGCUGACGGCUGCCGGCUGACGGCCGGCUAACCCACGUCGCGCAGGGAGUCCCGGGCGGCCGCGGUCACGUCGCUGUCUUCGGCGAGCGCCCAGAACGCAGGGUGGCUGUCUGCGGGAGGAAGAGGGGGAAGCAGGCCGGUGCUCCUGAGGGCUGUGGGCACCCCCACCGAGGCACACAGCUGCAACGUGUGAAUCACCCAACCAGCUGCGCCGCCAUGACCGGGCUGCGGAAGAGGAAGCUUGACCAGCUGGACGAGGACUCCUCCUCGCUCUGCUCAUCCUCCUCACUGUCGUCGGGCCACCACUCCCGCUCCUGCUCCCCGAGCUCAUCCGUCUGCCUGGCCUGGGACUCGGACGAGGAGGGCCCCUGGGAUCAGACGCCGCUGCCUGACCGUGAUGCCUGUGGCCCCCAGAAAGCUGCCCCCUUGUCCAUCCUGAAGCGGGCUCCCCGGAAGCACCCAGCCCACAUAGCCUUUGAUGGCAUCACUGUCUUCUACUUCCCUCGGUGCCAGGGCUUCACCAGUGUGCCCCGCCGUGGCGGCUGCACUCUGGGAAUGGCCUCCCGCCACAGUGCCUGCCGUCGCUUCUCCUUGGCUGAGUUCACCCAGGAGCAAGCCCAGGCUCGGCAAGAGAAGCUGAGGCUGCGCUUGAAGGAGGAGAGGCUGGAGGGGCUGCGCUGGAAGCUUGCAGAGGCUGGGGUGCCUGAAAGCGAGGCGGACCUGCCUCUUACAGUGGAUGCCAUCGAUGAUGCUUCUAUGGAGGAGGCCUUGACAGUGGCUAUGGCAGACGGCCAGUUGGAGGAAAUGACCUUCCUACAACCCUACCCAGCCCGGCAGCGGCGGGCUCUGCUUCGGGCCGCAGGCGUGCGGAGGAUCGAUCGUGAGGAGAAGCGGGAGCUGCAGGCUCUGCGCAAGUCACGGGAGGAUUGUGGCUGUCGCUGUGAUAGGGUCUGUGACCCUGCGACCUGCAGCUGCUGCCAGGCAGGCAUCCAGUGCCAGAUGGACCACACAGCAUUCCCCUGUGGCUGCUGCAGGGAGGGCUGUGAGAACCCCAGGGGCCGCGUGGAGUUUAAUCAGGCACGUGUACAGACGCAUUUCAUCCACACGCUCACUCGCCUGCAACUGGAGCAGGGGGCUGAGGGCUUUGGGGAGCUGGAGGCCCCUGCCCAUGGCGGCUUGGCCUGUCCUGGUGCACAAGACCUGGCCAAACCCCCUGUGAGCAGUAAACUGGGUGAUACCAGCUGUAGCAGCAUGACUGAUUCCUCCACAGCCUCAGGCACCAGCGAGGUCCCUGGCUGCCCUGUCCUCCCCGCCCUGUCUGGCCUUGGCUCCCAGCCUGGCUUGGGUGAUGACAGUCUGGCACGGAUCCUGAGUUUCAGUGACUCUGACCUGGGUGGAGAAGAAGAGGAAGAGGAGGAAGGGGGUGUGGGGAGCCUGGACAACCUCAGCUGCUUCCACCUAACUGACAUCUUUGGUACUGGUGACCCUGGUGGUCUGGCCAGCUGGACCCACAGCUAUUCUAGCUCUAACCUCACGUCGGGCAUCUUGGAUGAAAAUGCCAACCUGGAUGCCAGCUGCUUCCUCAACAGUGGCCUUGAAGGGUCAGGAGAAGGCAGCCUCCCUGGCACCUCAGUGCCUCCCGACAUGGAUGCCGGCCAGAGCAGCUCUGUGGACCUCAGCUUGUCAUCCUGCGACUCCUUUGAGCUGCUCCAGGCCCUGCCAGACUACAGUCUGGGGCCUCGCUAUGCCUCACGGAAGGUGUCUGACAGCCUGGACCACCUUGAGGCAGCCCACUACCCCUUGCCUGCCUUUUCUCCUCCUGGGGAUCCUGGUACUUGCUUCCUGGAGUCCAUCAUGGGCUUGUCGGAGCCGGCUGCUGAGGCCCUGGCUCCCUUUGUGGACAGCCAGCUGCUUGAGGACACCUCCCCAGCGUCUCUGCUGGAGCCUGUGCCUGUGUGAGGAUGGGGGGUACUUUUUCUGGCCCCACGAGCCCUGUUGCUUCAUUGUAAUCUGGAGCUUCUGAGGUCUAAAUGCAAGCUUCCCGUGGGCUGGCUCACCCAGUGUGGGUGCUCCCAGUUUUCACGCAACACUCUGGAUGAAUUUAUUUAUUUUUGUAACUUUCUGUGCUGAAGAGAUGGUGGGGCAGGGGUUUCCCUGCCCAACCACCCAGACCCCUGUGCCCCUGUGCCACAUAACUUCUUCUGCUCCCACGGAGCAUGCUGGGAAGAGGAGGAAACGUGGCUCCCCUGGAGCUUUGUAGACCUGUUUGGUCUCUUGUGAUCCUAAGCCAGGUUAUGAGACAGGUCUUAAAUCUCUACUUCCUAUGGCUUUUCCUGCCACCUUGAGCCCUAGACCCAUGGCUGAAUCCUCUGGACUGUGAAGACUAUAAUUUAUUUCUGUAAUUUAUUUGGGGACUAGGUGGUGUAGGCUUCUCCUGACUGGUGGGCAGUGCUCGGUUCACCAUGGGGUGGGGCCCAGAUCCCUGGGGGCCCCUCUGCCUGUGGUCCUGCAGCUCUGCCCUGACUGGGCUUUGGUACCGACCAGAUGUGGAUUCAAGGCCUGUGGUCUACCAUGGCAGCUGCCUGGAUCCGGGUGGCUGAGUGGGCAGGGGCUGAUGGACAGCCUCUGGCCAGAGGGAGGGCUAGGCUGGCCAAGUGUGACCAAAACCCUCUUCUUCCCUAUACCCCCUCUGCUUCCUGUCCUCUGCCCAUCUCCUGCAAGACCACAGCCUUUAUUCAAAAGCCCACCAAUGUAGGAAGGGAAGCAGGAGGCCCAGAGCAGUGUCGGGAGCA